AUGAAGGAUCUUCAUUCAACACCUUUCCCUUCCCACCACACCAGUCAAUGCGACUCCUGCAUUUUCCAGCAGCAUUCGCUCCGCAGUCCAGACUUCAGCCAAGCCUUGGUUGGCGGUCAAAAAGGCUACCAGACCUACCGGGACCUACCAUGGGACCUUCAAAAAAUUCAGCAGCCAUCUAUCAAAAUAAGACAUCUUGAGCCCUGGAAAAUUGCUUUAAUUGUUAUUGGAACAGCAGUGGCAGCAGCUAUCACCGUUGGUCUUCUAGUUUAUUUUCUGGCAUAUGAUCAGAAGCUGUUCUAUUACAGUGGCAACGUAAAAAUCACCAACAUCCGGUACAGUAAUGAAUUGUCCAGACAGUCCUCAGGAAGGUUUAGAGAUCUGAGUGAGAGGGUUGAGAGACUGAUUGACAAGACAUUUCACAAUUCCAUUUUAAGGAAAAAAUACAUCCGUUCACGCUUAAUCAGAGUGAGCCCUGAUGGCGAUGGUGUGAUGGCAGAGGCUUUGCUCACCUUCUGGUUCUCCUCCACGGACUCUAGAGAAACAUUGCGAGAAAGAGUUGAAAGGAUCUUAUGGAGGGGCCUGAAAAAAUACACUGGGCCCCUGCGAAUAAAUGUCAGAUCUUCUACCAUCUCAACUCGUAGUGCAGGAUACAUGGUCAGGGCACUGUGUCUGGCAGAUCUCUACAGCAAAGCGGUGCCCCUACCUGGUGAAUACAGCAUUGAAUUUAUUGACUGGCCUCUUUCCUUCAGCGGUCAUAUUAAGAAACGAAUGAGUACAUGUCUAGAAAUGGUGGAUUGCAACCAUGCAACUCACCCUGCAUACCAGGAGGAGAGUCAAGCCCACAAGAAAAACACAAGUGAUAUGGGCACAAUAGGUGACAAGGAUGAGCCAGAGCCCUUUGCAUUCAAAAGAGACUCCUCCUGGCUAGAUUUGGAGACGAAAAGAGCAGAAGCCCUCUUCAAUGACAUUUGUGGGUUACGGCAGAACAGAUCAGUCAAGUCAGUGGCAAAAUCAUCAUCAUUGCGAAUAGUUGGUGGAUUAUCUUCUGCAGAGACUGGGGACUGGCCAUGGCAAGCUAGCUUGCAGCACAAUAAUAUCCACCGCUGUGGUGCAACACUCAUCAGCAAUACGUGGCUUGUAUCUGCGGCGCACUGCUUCAGAGACAUGAGUCACCCUCAGAAGUGGACUGCUACUUUUGGAGCUCUUUUGAAGCCACCAAGCUUGAAACGAUCAAUCAAGACUAUUAUUGUUCAUGAAAAGUACCACUACCCAGAACACGAUUACGACAUUGCACUUGUGCAGCUCUCUAAACAAGUUGAGUUUACGAGUAGCAUACACCGUGUCUGUCUGCCAGAGCCAUCUCAGACUUUUCCGUACAAUAUUUUUGCUGUCAUCACAGGCUGGGGAGCACUUACCAAUGACGGUCCAGCUCCAAAUGCUCUCCAGGAAGCAACAGUGAAACUUAUCGACUCAAAAACUUGCAACAGAAAAGAAGUGUAUGAUGGGGACAUAACACCCAGGAUGUUGUGUGCUGGAUACUUGGAAGGAGGAGUAGAUGCUUGUCAGGGUGACUCUGGGGGACCGCUGGUUACUCCAGACUCUAGGCUGAUGUGGUACCUGGUGGGAAUAGUGAGCUGGGGAGACGAAUGUGCCAAACCAAACAAACCUGGAGUUUACACGCGAGUGACUUAUUUCCGUGAUUGGAUUACCUCAAAAACCGGCAUCUAA